UAAUGUAUCAUGGUGUUUAACAUUUGUGUUGUUCGUGGGGUAUUAUGAGCCACUUCAUCGUGUUGUGUCAUUUGUCAUGUAUAUAUAUAUAUACACAUAUAAGUGAGUUUUGUCUUUGUCUAGUCUAUAGGGCAUAUUUUUAACUACUGUUUCUAUUUAUUGUCUUAGUGAUCUUUUGUGUCUGAAAAGAAAAAUUUGCAGAGAAAAUAAUUAAGAUCAUUAUAGGUGUGGGAGAGAUGGGAAGAGCACCAUGUUGUGAGAAGUUGGGUUUAAAAAAAGGAAGAUGGACAGCUGAAGAAGAUCAAGUGUUGACCAACUACAUUCAAACUCAUGGUGAAGGCUCUUGGAGAUCUUUACCCAAAAAUGCAGGGUUGCUUAGGUGUGGAAAAAGUUGUAGAUUGAGAUGGAUAAACUAUCUGAGGGCUGACUUGAAAAGGGGUAAUAUUACUUCAGAAGAAGAGGAAACCAUUGUCAACUUACAUAAUGCUCUUGGUAAUAGGUGGUCAGUGAUAGCCGAUCAUCUACCUGGUAGAACAGACAAUGAGAUUAAGAACUAUUGGAACUCUCAUUUGAGUCGAAAAAUCUACAGUUUCACCAAGCGACUACCUAACGAAUCAUCAUCAUCAUCUUCAUCUUCUUCAUCUCAAGCCAUCAUUCAUAACUUAGCAAAACUAGCUUCAUUUAACAAGAGAAGAGGUGGUAGAGCCCGAAAUACUGCUCCUACAACUAAAUCAUCCUUGAAAAAGAAUAACAAAACUGUUACUACUACAACUACUAUAAAAAAAGAUGAAGAAGAAGUCAAAGAGAGUAAUAAAUUAGAUGAAGCAGAAAAGAAGAACGACAAUCAUGAUCAUGACAAAACGACAUGCGUUUUGAGUAGUGGUAGUAGUGUACUGGAGGAGCAUCAUAGUGAGGAAUGGCACACUUGCAUCUCUUCUGGAAUGGAUAGUGAUGACAUUAAUAUUAAUAAUAUAAAUAACAGCUCAGUUGGGUUUGAAGAUGAAGGAAUAUGGUUUGAUUGGAAGUGGGAAGAAUAUUAUGUUGUUGAAACCCAUGAUAACAUUAAUAAUAAUAAUAAUGGGAUAUGGGAUUGGGAUGACUACUCCUCUGAUCAAGAUGGAGAGAGAUUGUUUUCUUUAUGGGAAAAUGGUAAUUUUGAAGGGCAUCAUGCAUGAGAUGAUCACACCACAAAAUAAACAUACUACAAUUUAAUGUCCACUUCGAAUAAUGUUUGUAUUAGUUUUACAUAGUGUGAUUGGAUGAGUUGAAAAAAAAAAUGUUAUUUUUAGUUUGUUCUUUUUCACAAGCCGUAAACAGAUUUGAUUGCUCACUCGAAAAGGUUUGACAUGUUUUUGAGAUGUAGAGCUAAUUAAGAAGAAGAAAGAAAGAAAAAUCAUUACUAGUUUCAGAAUUGAUUUUCCCUUAUUUUCUUCUUUUGUUGUAAUUUAUUAUUUUACUAAUGAAAUGUCUCCAUCAUAUGGUAAUAUUUCCAA